UGAAACUGAUGGAUGUACCACAUGUGUAAAGUACGCAUGAGGAGACACAGGGGCACAGUAUACGGGAUUAGCCAUUUUCCUAAACUUGCCAAUAUUUUUGACACUCGCUUCUGAAUUUUUACUGCACUAUUACGUUUUAGAAUAGUGUGCGCAAACCGUAAAUAGUACAUGUGUGUUUUACUUUAAUACUACUCCUCCCUAGAGUUAAAGUAACCACCACCCCCCCACCAUUGUCCAGCUAAGUAGUUUUUUUUUUUUAAGCAACAAUAGAAGAGAGUUUCGUAGACACCAACUACACCUUAAAGGUUGAGCUUUCCCCUUUUUUCUUCUUGAUAAAUCUAGACUGUAUUGAUGCUGUUCCUCUCCACACACACCUUUUUUUACUUUUCAUAGCAAAAUCAUUUUAUUUUUAUCUUUUAUUUUUGUAUCUUUAUCGCAAUUCAAAGGGUUCAACAUAUUCUUGAUAUAAAAUUUUUCUAAUAGUAUACAGACAAGGGUGUAACAAUAAGAGAAGAUGAUUUCGCGUAUAGUGGGGAAUAAAGGGAAAUUAUUUCUGAUACUUUGUAUGCUCGCAAUUGUAAAUGCAAGCGUCUUUUCGGAAGUUGGAUCGGAUGGAUCGGAUUUAACCAGUAGAAUGGAAGGCAUGGAGAUGUCUGAACCAAAGGAGUUCCAUCCUAUCAAUGCAACCUCUAAAUCAUUCCAUUGGAUCUUGACUCUUUUCAUUCUUUUAAUCUUGCCUUCAAUAUCGGCAGUGUUUGCAUAUGCCAAUCAAUUCCAUUGGUCACUUAUUCUUCAAUUCAUUCUGACUGGGUAUCUGGUAUUUGAAGUACUUUUCCUCCCCUUCCCAGAUAAUACUGAUAAUCAUGAAAAUAGAACUUCUCAUGGAACUCUGUGGUUUUUAACAAUUCUUCUUGCAAUUACUGUAUUCGUUGGUACAUUUAUCAAUGGAUCCAAUUUAAUUUUAAAUAAAUUUUACCCCAAAUUAGCCGCUAAGGGGAAUUCAUUUGGUGGAGUGUUUUUCCCCCGGGUUUAUAAGACCCUUUCCACUCUUACAACUCUUACAGGAUGGGUUCGUGUGAGUAUGGCACCUGUUGCAUUACUUGGCUUUUGUUAUGGGAAGCAUACGGGUCAAUGUAUUGCUCAUGGGAUAAUGGGUACAUCGUUUGUAUUUUAUGGAUUUGUACUUUCACUUGUAUUGGUAAUUCCUUGGAUAAGAAAGAAACAAAUCUUGUCACCAGAAUCUGGUUCUCAUUCUCAAGAAUUCUAUGAUUCUACUCUCAUGUGUGUUUGGGGUAUUGUCAAUACCUUCACAGAACAUCGAUGGGGUGUAGAAGGUUGGAGUCAUGGAGAUUACCAACAUACAGCCAUGGGGAUAAUCUGGUGGGCUGGUGGACUUCUUGGUAUGUGGCAAACUAGGAAAAGAAAUAAUACCAGAUCUUUUAUCCCAGCAUUACUUCUUAUUUUCACCGGAUGGGCCAUGUCAGAACAUUCUCAACAUUUAAAGAUUUCUACAAAAGUACAUGCAAUGUUUGGAAUAGCUCUUAUGUCAGCUGGAGUUUCACGUAUAGUUGAAAUUCUGUUUGUACUUUGGGAUAAAAAUUGUAGUGAAAAUGGUCAAAUAUAUUCCUUCCAAUAUUUCCCACCAUUUUGUCUUGUUUUAUCGGGGGUAUUAUUCAUGUCAGCCACUGAAGAACAACUUGUUUUGGUCAAUGAUUUGGGUGCAGACCAUUCUAGUUAUAUCAUGGUUGCAAGCUCUGCAGCAUUCGUGAUCUUUCUUUGGAUGCAAAUCUUACUCUAUUUGUACUUGCGGUUGGUAGGAUACGAUGAAAAUGGAGAAUUGGGGUUCAAUGGAUUGGAUCAAGAAUAUCAAAGAGCUGCUCAAGAGUUUGAAUUGAGUGAUUUGAGUGAUCAUGAAAAUAAUUGAGACAGACAAAAAUGUAUAUAACGAAGUUUAUAGCAAUCAAAAUACGAUACACGUAAAUCAUUUGUUGUAUAAUACGAAGUCAACUCCCAACUAUGACCACUUCUAUCGCCCAAUCGGUUCAUACUUGAAAAGAGUGUCCCAUAUAAAACCCACUCAUACCAAUCAUACCUACUCAUUCAUACAGUUUCUAGGAAAUAACCAAUGAUUAUGAAUAAUUGGGUUCCUCGUAUAAGCGGCAUCAUCAUUACUCAUCAGUCGUAAUUAGCUUUCCACACCUACAUCCAACUUUAAUGCCCCCGGGUAUCCCACAGAUUUCAUGUACCAUUACCUACCAAGGUUCAUUACCCUCAUCAUUACAAGAUGCGUAGCGACUACUAUCUUACCUUCAAAGAAGUACAACCUAAGCGACGAACUUAUCAAAGCAAAAAUUAUAAGCAUAAAGUUCACAGUCUCUAUUUUCCCCACUCAAGUGAUCAUCAUGUUUGUCCAAUUUCGGUAAACGCCAAAAAAAAGAAAGAAGAA